UAUGAUCAUCCAGUUCGGAUCGUAACGGAGUCGGUUCUGGACUGCUCUGGUGGCGUCCGCCAACAGCACAGAAGUCAAGAGACGUCCAGGUCCAGGACCAGGCUCCAGCGCGUCAAAUAUUGUUUCUGGUGUACAAAAGAAAAAGAAAAUAAUCGUCGUUUCUCUCGCCACCGCCCUCCACCCCGUCGCUCGCCGCCGCCGCACGAAACCUCCCCAUCGCCGCCGCUUUCCCGAAGGCUUCGCAUCUGUGCGGCAACCAGCUUCUCGUCGCCUCGCGGCCUCGCUGAUAUCCUCCUCGUCCUCGUCCUUCUCCUCCACGCAGGAGACAACAUGUCGACGCUUGCCGCGGCAAGAGCUGAUAACUUCUAUUACCCGCCCGAAUGGAGCCCAAAGAAGGGUGGGCUGAAUAAGUUCCAUGGGCAACAUGCCCUCAGGGAGCGGGCGAGGAAGCUGGACCAGGGCAUCCUGGUUAUAAGAUUUGAGAUGCCUUUCAAUGUUUGGUGUGGUGGAUGCAAUUCCAUGAUAGGGAAGGGAGUAAGGUUUAAUGCUGAAAAGAAACAAGUUGGAAAUUAUUACUCUACCAAGAUAUGGAGCUUCACUAUGAAAUCACCAUGUUGCCAGCAUGAAAUAGUCAUCCAUACGGACCCAAAGAAUACAGAAUAUGUUAUAAUCAGUGGGGCUCAGCGGAAGACCGAAGAUUUUGAUGUUGAAGAUGCAGAGACGCUGCUGCUGCCCGCAGAUGAAGAAAGAGACAAGCUUGCAGAUCCUAUGUAUAAGCUUGAACACCAGGAAGAGGAUAUUCGGAAGAAGAAAGAAGAGGAACCAGUUCUAGUUCGGCUUCAACGACUUUCUGAUAGCCGACAUUCUGAUGAUUAUGCUCUAAACAGAGCCCUCCGCGACCGCCUUAGGAGCCAAAAGAAGAGAGUAGCUGAAGAGAAAAAAUCAGCAAGGAAGAUGGGACUUGGAGUACGGCUUUUGCCACCCUCUGCAGAAGAUGCUGCUGCCGCAGCUUCUGUGAAGUUUGCCUCAAAAUUUGAGAAGAGCAGAAAGGACAAAAGAGCAGCAAUUAAGGCAUCCUCCAUCUUCCCGGAGUCACCAAGCUCAGCUUCGAAGGACAAACUAGACCUUGCACUGAAGAAGCGGAAUAUAAAAGCUGGUGCGGCCUCUAUGCUGAUGGCAGGCAGGGUGAAGCCGUCCUCGUUGCAGAGCGUCGGUUCGAGAAGUGCAAGCACUCACGUGCGGGUUCUUGCGAGACGCAAGUAGGCAGGGCAUGUCGUGCGUGUUGCAAUGGAAAAGCUUGUCAAGUGGUAAAACCAGUUUUUCUCAUGUAGUAGUUCCAUUGCUCUCUCCGUGAAGGCUUGUAACUGCGUGUCGUCUUGUGACACUUUGUACUAGAAUGAUUUACUCUGUUCUGUAUGUACAUGAAGAUGGCUGUGUCGUGUGAUUUCUGUAUCAUAAUUCAUAUUCAGCUUCUGUGCCUUGUAAUCGAUAACAAAUUCUCAGCUUUGCUGCUCGUAUUUUUAAUAUAAUUGAAUGGAAUAUAA